ACCUGCACAGUUUCUGAUGUGGAAAUGUCGUUUUGAAAAUAGUGUAAAUUUGAGAUUAUAAUAGAAUCGCAUAGAUUGACUUAAUAUUGAGAAGAACUCGCUGGACUACUGACUGGUCUCUCCUAACAUCUGUAUACUGAUGGUAUCAAACAACUAAGCAAAUAUUAUUUGCUUUGUUGCUGUGGCUUAGCACAGUAAAUUGUUUUAGGGUACACAAGAGACAAUGAAGAAAGAUUCCGUGUGCUGCCCACCGUCCCUCAUCCCUAGCAGGGAAACUAGUCUUUUCUAUCUGCUUGGUGUGCUCAUUGCUCUUUACAUGCUGGCUGGUGCUGCCGUAUUUUCUUCCUUGGAGAGACCAGCGGAGUUACAGGCACACCAGCUUUGGGAAAAUAGGUUAAGGGACUUCAGCCAUGAGCAUAGAGUUAGCUGUGAAGACCUGAAACAUCUGUUGAGCCUCUAUGAAGAAGCCAGGACCGCAGGCAUCCGGACAAAACAAGGCAGAGCCCUGUGGGACAUCUCGGGUGCAUUCUACUUUGUGGGAACUGUAGUCUCCACCAUUGGAUUUGGAAUGACUGCCCCAUCCACUCUGACAGGGAAGGUCUUGCUGGUUUUCUAUGGGUUGCUUGGCUGCUCAGCGACCCUACUCUUCUUCAAUCUUUUCUUGGAAAGAGUCAUAAUGUUACUGAGCCUCCAGAUAUGCUGGUGCCACAGAGGGAGAAGCAGACAAAGCGACACAGCAGAGGGCAGAGCCAGUGAUGGUAACAGAAAUGAAGAGUGUAAACCAUCUGUGUACCAAGUCACACUCAUCCUUUUUGUUGCUGUCCUGCUAGUUGCAUGUGGGGCUGCCUCCCUCUAUUCGGUCAUGGAGGGCUGGACUUAUUUUGAGUCCCUCUAUUUCUGCUUUGUGGCAUUCAGCACAGUGGGCUUUGGGGACUUUGUAAGCGGCCAGAGAGAACACCAUGAGGACACCUGGGUGUACCAGGUGGCUAACUGUCUCCUGAUGCUCUUGGGAGUGUGCUGCACUUACUCCCUCUUCAACGCUAUCUCUGUGAUCAUUAAACAGGGUCUGAACUGGAUCCUGAAGACACUGGCCUUGAUGUGUCAGGGUAUCUGCCACUUUAGAAUGCAAUUCAGGCCAAUAUUCAAAAUCUGUUUUUCUGACUCUGAGCCAUCUAAAUGUUGUUGUGAAAAUGACAAUCUGCAUAGGCAGCAGGUGAAAACAGUUUCCACUUCAGCCCACAGUAUGCUGUGGCGCUCCUGUGCUCCCAGUGCCAUUGGUAAAUGUCUUUGUAAAGUGGAAACAGUGUGCGACAAAAACCAUGACAGGACAAAAAAAGGUCAGGAUAUUUGCUCAUAUAAAAAUAAUGUAGUCUAUGGUCGACCACUGCCUACUUGGCUAAAUUAAAACAUUUUGAAAAAUAUUUUCCACAAAGUGGAACACAGAGAUGAGAUAUAUUCUGAUUAACUUGUACAUCAUUUCAGGCACUUUUGUUGCCCAGAGAACGUUAUCAUUAAUUUAAUUCUCGCGUGCUUCUGAAAUCAAUUAUUAUGCCUGUGGUUUUUGUCACUGACUACAUUAUUAAUAGUUUUUUAUAAUUAUACAUUAUUGUAUAUUGCACUAUGAGAAAACGUCUCUUCUUCUCACUUGAUUUAUAUCGCAGUAAACAUUUUCCAGAUGAGUUUAUGGUCUCAAUCACUAGUUGCAAGUCUUCUUCAAUACAACAUGAUUUGUAUCAUUUAGUAAAUUAUGGUCCCAUUUAGAGUAAAAUAGACAAUAAAGCACAGUAUGCACUGGGGUGUGUGAUCGAUAGCUGUCCUGUGUCCUGCGAGCUCUCAGUCUGACCCACCCCCACUGCCACUUCUGAUACAGGGUAAAUAACCCUGUACCAGAAUUCAAGGCCUAAUCUUUCAUUUUAAAAAGACUAGCAAAGCAAAGAUGCUCAACAGUUUACAGACCAUUCCCUUUAAUGUUUCAUCAAAAACAAACACCUUAAAUGGAUCAGUUUGAAGGUAUACUGUAUUGCCUUAGUCGUUUGAAUUGAAUUGUUUAAAUGUGCAUGUAAUUAUUUCUGUAAUAUCCAGUGUCACAUGUAGUUUCAUCUGGACUGUGGUAUUGAAGAAAAGCUGACUCUAAUUUAUGAGCUAUCAUGAAGGGGUUUGACGGGUAGGAAUCUGGCUCUAAGUGAUUAUUCAGUGAAGGCCUCAAAAUGCUGAGGUUGUUUCCUGUCUUCAUCCAUUCGUUUUUGUCCCUCAUCACCUUCUUUCUCAGGUCUGAUGCAACACUGCAAUGUUUUAGUUCAGCUCUUCACCGGACAAUACUAGAGCAAUUUGGCCCUCUACUGGAGCGUUCACUGAAGUGCAUCCCGAGUAUGUAAAGGUCUCUUCCUCCGAUCAAGUUACUAUCAAGGCUUUGAUUGUAUAUCCUUGCCUUUGUAUUUGAUGGAAGCUUCGAAAAGCUGCUGUCCAAUAAUAAUCACAAUAAUACUAUAGGCAAGAGAGCCACAUGGCAAUCCUUGUGGACUUUGUUGUGAUGAGAAACCUUUUAAUUAUACAAGAACGUGGGGGUCUGCAAUAGAAAAGAGUCUUAAAGCUUAAUUUGUCCCUAUUUGUGUUUGUAAUUUGGGUAGAAUAUCUACGUGCAAAAUAUGUAAGGGGGGUAUGUAAGGUUUUUUUUUCCAUUUGUGCACAGGGGCCCAGUGUCCCUUAAUCCCACAGUGAGAGGUCAGCAGUAACAAAAUUCUAAAUAUCCCCUCCAGACAUGGAAAGACAGACAUGAAAAAGAAAUGCAAUUAAUUUAAAAAAUUGAUGAAAUCUGAUGAAAAUACUCAUCAGAUUGAUUACAUUUUAUUUGUAUAGCGCCAAAUCACAACAUACUGUACAUUAUGUCAUAGAACUUAACACAGUAAGGUUGAGAGACCAUACAAUAUUAAAGAGAAACCCAACAGUUUCCACAGUUAGCAAGCACUUGGCGACCAUGAAGAAAAAAACCAGAAAGAAACUUCCAACAGAACCGGACUCAGUUCUGAGCGGCCAUUUUCUGCGAUUAGUUGUGGUGAGAGUAGAAGUGUUAUAUUCUGUUUAUUAUCACUUGUGUCUUAUUGUUGGCUUGUUAAAUCAGUCGUACCCACAGUACUGUCCAACUUCCAUCUGUGAACAAUGGUGUUUAUACAUGCAAACAUGAAAUAAACAACAUGCUGUCAUUCUCAGCUCUGGCUUCAGAGGUAAAUAAGGCUUGGUUACAUAUGCUUUUUUCUUUGCUUCUAUUUUCUUUCUUUCCAAAUUCUUUCCAGACACUGCUUGCUUCAGCACCAUCAAAUUGUCUGGCAGUGGACAGGAAGGAUACUCUG